CUCUCAUGAUCUUUUCUCUGUCUCUCUCUCUUUCUUUCAUCAUCCUUCUCUCCACUUCUCUCCUCACCUCGCCGAGAUCCCGAUCUUAAUAUGAACUACUCCUCCUCCCCACAAUACUACCGAUCACCUCAUUCAUAAAACAGCACCUCCUCCCUUACUUCACCCACUCUCCUCAUUUCCCUCCCCCCCCCACACACCCCCUUCCUCACCACUACCACCUACUACCAUCCAACAAAUCUCUGCAGACGGCAGAUUAAAAUAAAUAAAAUGCCCGUCUACAUGCUCUACGGCUUUCGCUGGCCGCGCGCCGGCUUUACCGGCAUCCGCGUAUACAUUGUUCUCCACAACCUGGAAGACGCAACAGCCGAAUACCUCCAACAACCCCUAACCAGCGAACUGGUCAUGGAAUCGCUCAAAAAGACCGAACCCAGCAUCGUCUCCCGCCUACCUAACCUCCGUUUCAUCGAGCAAUACGACCCCGAAGACACAAGCGACGACGCAGUUAGCAAGCCCUACGCCUACGUCGGUGGGAAAGUCAUCUCCAUCCCCGAGGAUGUCGGUCCUACUCCCGAGACGAGCUGGAAGCCAGAGGACAUAUUUAAGGAGGAGCCGUUGGAGAAGGACGCCAUGGAGGCCCUGACGGAGUUUCGGGAUAAGUAUGCGGCGGGAGAGCGCAUUGGCUGGUGGAUUGUGUAUAACGGCGAUCCGGAGAGGUGGUUCCCUCACGAUGAGGAGGAAGAUGGGGAUAGUUUCGAUGAUGGGUAUGAUGAGGAGGGGAGCUAUGCCGAUGGUGGAGAGUAUGAGAGUGAUCAGACGCAGACACCGCCGGAGACGCCUUCUUCUGCUACGAUGCGAUUCCCCGAACGGUUGACUCGAUUGUUUGCUAGGCGAACAGCUUAAUGGCUACGGCUAUGGCUAUCUCGCAAUCCUCUCUACGGCUUAUGACGUGUGCGUGGCUAGUUGCUAGCAUUUUGUUUCCACCAGAAAGCGGGUUUGGGUGUUUGGUACCGUAUCCGCCCUUCUGCCAGCUAGCGUCGAAGGUGGCCUUGUCGACAGCGAACUCCCGGAUGUAGUCCUUCUCCAGGUCGUGCGCUCUCUUUCCGAUCAACACCAAGCUGUGCAGAGGCCGGCCCAUCUCGACCUCGGCCAGUUCCUUUAGGGUACCAGCAACCAGCUUCUGGUCCGCGGCACCCACACGCGCCGCGCCGACAGCAAGACUGUCCGGUCCCCAGACGCCUUCCUGACGCUCCUCCUCAG